AUGUCUUCUGAAGAGGCACAAAAAUUCAUUGAUGAAGUAUGGGGCCUCCAAGGCGUCGCUUAUGUGGUCGUUGUGCUCCGCUACUACUCACGCAUCGUGACGCUAGGAUGGGGCAAGCUCGCAUUGGACGAUUAUUUGAUCGCCUUGGCGACGCUCGUGUACACAGCCGAGUCAACUGCAGCCUACUACGUCGUCGCUUACUGGAAAGGCCUUGCCAACAAUGGCAUGUCUGAUCAGGAUCGAAUUGAGCUUGAUCCGAGUUCUGAAGAGUGGUUAAUUCGUGUCAAUGGAUCCAAGACGCACGUGAUUGGAUUACUGCUUUACAUGACACUCUUGUGGUUGUUGAAAGGCUGUUGGGUCGUUUACUACUUGCGUUUAACCGAUGGAUUGCCGAGCCAGAAGUUUCUGACCAAAUGGGCAAUGCUUGCCGGCGAUAGUGAUCCUGCACAGUCGGGCUACUGGUCUGUACGCGAGUCCUUCGUUUCAUUCGUCUUAACAAAUAUGCCUAUGCUGUACCCUCUCCUCAAGAGUUUCUUGGAGAAAAUCGGCACGACAAUGGGCUUCACAAACAACAAUGGUGAGAGCGGCAGAGCCACAGGCAGUGGUCAAGCCUACAGACUGGGUAGCUACCCAGACCAGCACAAGAAGACGAAGAAUAGGGACCCCAAUCCUGUACCUGAGGAGACAAGAUACGGGUCAAACGAGCACAUUGUCCCGGCGAAUGAUGAGAGCCACGGAGCCGACUCCAGAAGCGAAGGCAUCUCUCUCGACGACCGGUCUCACGAUCCAUUCCAUGCGGCCCACGCCACCGAACCAUUCUAA